AUGAUUCUGGCCAAGGUGCUGGCCUCCGUAUUUGGAUUUUCCCUCGGCGCCGCGGAGCGAACCUAUUUGUGGGACCGGGAGCCAUUGCCGCCCUGCGAGGGUGGUGUCCUGCACUUGGAUGGCAAGUACAGGACCACCACAGAGGUGGAAUAUCAUGAUGACUGCCUUCUGCGCGGUGCGCCCGGGACGGAAGUGGAGGUCGAUGGGAAGAUCCACUUCUUGGCGAAUGCUCGGCUGCAGGGGUCCAUCGUUUUUACCCGUGCGCCCGAUGCAUCGAACCACCGGCGCUGUGUCGACAUCGAGGGCUCCUUAGACAUGUCCGAUGUGGACAUCGAGUUUCGGGGCUGCGGGGGCCCCGAGACAGAGGAUGGAGGAGCUUUGUACGUGGAGGGCCGUAUGGACAUGAGCAAUGGCAGCGUGGUUUUCCGGAACGGGAGCGCUAUGUGGGGUGGCUGCCUCUUCGUCGGGCAAAGGCUCUUCAUGGCUGGUGGGCUGCUCCGCUUCGAGCACUGCGUCGCGGGAGAGCUGGGAGGCGGCGUCUACGCGCAGGGGGACCUGGUGCAGUCAGGGGGCCACCUGCACUUCACCAAUUGCCAUGCGUAUAGAGGUAAGGGCGGUGCGUUGCACCUCGCGGGCACAGACCUCUUGCAGGAAAAUGGGAAGAUCACCUUGUCCAACUGCUGGGCCGGGAACGGGGGCUGCAUCUGCAGCAACAAAUUGAUCGCGAAGACGAAUUCUAGCGCCAUUGCGGACAUGGAGGACUUUCAGGGGAAGGUGGUGCUGAACGGCACGCUUGUGGCCGGCGGCGGCUCAGCCGACUACAAGGGCGGCGUGAUCUUUGCCGCGAGCGGCGAGUUGGGGGGCCGAAUGACGCUCAGGAACUGCAAAGCACGGGUAGGAGGCUGCCUUCACUUCAAAGACUUUGUGGUCCAG